AUGGACCCUGCUGCCCCUGAUGCUGCCCCUGAUGCUGCCCCUGAUGCUGCCCCUGAAGCCGCCCCCCCUGGCCAGGCCCAAGUCCCUGCCCUAGCACAAAUCAAUGGACAAGAAGGUGCUGGGAAUGAACGAGCAGCUUAUCUUUGGAGACCCUGGCUGUCCUCUAUAAACGACCAGCCAAGGCAGGCGAGGAGUCUGGUGGACUGGGCUGCUGGUGGGGCAACAGCUGCUGACACCACCAAGGCUGACUCUGAGUUCCAUCACCCUGUCAGGCUCUACUGGCCCAAGUCCCGCUCCUUUGACUAUCUAUACAGUGCUGGGGAGAUACUACUACACACCUUCCCUGUCCAGGCCACCAUCAACUUAUAUGAGGAUUCCGACAGUGAUGGUGAUGAGGAAGACAAGAUGGAGGAGGAGGAGGAGGAAGAGGAAGAGGAAGAGGAAGAUAUCAAUGAAAGUGAACCAGAAGGGUGUAUGGGGAUACAAGAGGCCGCACCACACAAGGCCACAGCUCCUUCCCCUGACCCACACUCAACCUGUCCAAAUUGAAACAAUCCCAGUUUAUGCUUGGCAGAUUUCCAAGGGCAUUGAUUAGCAAAGAGUCUCCAGACAGCGC